UUACGCAAGACAGUACGGCUCGCGCUCCGGAAUUAGAACCAUCAUAAUAUGAGCAGAUCGUGAGAUAAGACCCCGUUAUAUAUCACGUAGACCUAACUGUAAUGGCUGUCUGUUAGAAAACAUGAUACGGCAUUGAUGUCUGGAACUUAAAUUGAUAGGCACUCUGAGGAACAAUAACAUGCCACGAAAGAAGAAACCCGGGAAACAAGGCGGUGGUAGUGAGGCCUCCAGCAAGCAUGCGAAGCAUGCGAAGAACGCUGGGGCUGGGCCCGCAGGAGGGAAAGGCAGAAAAAAGGUCGACAAGGAGGAAACCCGCGCACAGAGUCUUCAGCAGUUGCAAGAUAUGUUUGAAGGCAAACUAGAUGCUGUCUUGGUUCACAUGAUUAUGGAGGACUGCAACUAUAAUGUUGACAAUGCUUUGGAGACUCUUUUCAAGCUGGCUGGUGAUGCAUCCAAUCCUGCUGCAUCUGAUAUGAGCCAUUUAACAGAGAAACCUAGAGACCUUGUCAGCUACAGUAGAAGCGAAGAUAGUGACGAGUCUGAGGACGUGGACGGCUUUCCGAAUGGCGUGUACCUGCCACAUCAUGUCACUCCAGGUGAAACUGUUGCAGGGUCUGGUCCUGAUGUGAAACGUCCCUUGUCCUCCGCGAAUGGUGUCGGUCUUGAUGACAUAAGCUUGCCACAUAGAAUCAACGGUCUGGACUAUGCCAUAUCCAUGGCCAAGGAUCUUGACCGCAAUACAUUCUCCGAGGAGUCCGUUGAGAAGGUUACGGCAGGUCUGUUGGCCUACCGAGACACUGGGGACAGGAACAAACUGAAGGAGCUUGGAAACCUCCGUGCAAUUGCAGAGAUGGUGUUGGAGGUGGGUGUCAAGGAAGAGGAAAAAGAGAGGGCUGAAUCAUCCAAAGUUCAAUUUAAAUCACUGCACUCGCGCCUUCCGGUAUACAGUGCCACAGAUGAUCGACUUGUUGGAGGAAUGUCUAGUAGCGGUGGAAGCUCUGGGAAAAGUUCUCCAAGCCAGUCUGACGAUGAAAGAGACAAACCCAAUGGACCCUAUCCUGCAGAAGAUGACACAAACAAGUCAGAGAGUAAAGAGGCAGGCUAUGAAGCAGCAGAAUCAAAAGAUGCUGGAGCCAGAGCAGCAUCACAGGGGACACCUCGAACAGCUCCGGCUGAAUCAAGUGAGAAGCCACAAGAAAACCCCAGUCUCAACAAUGGUGAUCCUGACGGACGGCUCCCAAGCACUAAUCCUAACUUGAGCAAUAUAACCACAAACUACACACCUUUAAGUACAACAGAGAAUAGAAAUGAUGAAGUGGCAAGUGCUAGACCCAAGGCAACGGUCAGCUUUUGGAAUAAUUUGACCCCUGAGCAAGGCGAAACAGAUGAUGCGUCUGAUGAAGACUCUGAGAAAGACAUUGAUAAGCAUAUCAGCUUUCAGGAAGAUUCAGAAAGUUACAGAGGAGAUAGGCCAGAAAGAGACAGCUGUCAUGACAUAGCGAGUAGUGAAAGGAGUAACUUGUUAAAGAGUCAGCAGCUGGUCAAACCGAAUAACUCUACGGAAAGGUCUCAUGAUGUGUACCCACCAGGGGGAGAAAAUUUGAGUGCUCCUUUCCCUGUGGAAAGACCAUUAAAGCAGCCAGAAGAAAGAUUCUUUGGGAAUGAAAUAGGACAAGGUGCUGUGGAUAUGCCAUUGACCAGACCCCAGCAAAGAUUAAGUGACAUACCACAAGGUCCUGUGCAGGUAGAAAAUAACCAGUUCUAUUCACAGUACAGUCCAUUAAAUGCUUCUCCUGCUGCAACAAACUUACAUGGAAAAAAAGCACCCAAGCCCUUUGUUUACGAUGCAAAUUUUGCGCCUGGUUUUGGUAUGGGUACAACACACUUCUUUGUGAGGAAUAUAUCUCCAGGUUUAUUGCCCAGGACAUAUCACAAAGAUGGUCAACCUCCCCAAAAAUCAUCCCAACCCUGGCCGAACCAGGGCUACUCCAGAGCUUUCUAUGCUCAAAUGCCUCCAGGAACUGCUACCAAAAACAGUGCAUAUCCUCCCCAUAACAUCUUUAGUUUCCAAGGACCACGCCUAAGAUCACCUACCGUUCCACGCUCCAACGUGACAAUAACUGAACUCCCAGAUUCGCCCGAGGAGCCCUUGACCUCAACCAACGUGGAGGAAGUGUACCUGGGUCCACCAAGGUGGCCUGUGAUCCAACAGACCAACCUGAAGCGGCAUGAGUAUCCUGCACAAAGUCCAAGGAAAAUCCCACCGCUGCCACCAGGCAAGGUGCUCUGUCUCAUGAGGGGAUGUCCAGGAAGUGGCAAAAGCACCGUUGCAAAGAGUUUGAAGGGAAAUGGAGUUGUUCUGAGCACUGAUGACUUCUUCAUCGUAAGAGGGCAGUAUUUGUUUGAUCGUACCCUAGUCGGAGAGGCACACGACUGGAAUCACGCCAGAGCUCAAGAAUAUUUGGCGAAAGGAACUACCCCCAUCAUCGUUGACAACACCAACAUCAUGACGUGGGAGAUGAAACCAUAUGUUGCCAUGGCACUGAAACACAAAUACCAAGUAGUCAUCAGAGAACCAGAUACCCCUUGGAAGAACAAAGCUGGAGAAUUGGCCAAGCGGAACUCUCAUGGUGUCCCCAAAAUAGCGAUUGAGAGGAUGCUGCAGAACUAUGAUCCAAAGGUGACUGUUGAAAGUAUCAUGAGUGGCCCGGACAAGAAGAAGACACCGGAAUACGUUGCCAAACUUAACCAAGAGGAUCCUGAUCUUCCGGGAGAGGAUGGAAAGCGUCCCAGGGUGUCCAGGGUGUCUGGACACCAGGGUGGACAACAGGGUGGACACCAGGGUGGCCAAACAAGAAGAGGAGAUGGAGGAAGGAGUCAUCACCAAGACAACGCCCCAGGAGAUGAGAAGGUCAUUGAUGAUGAAGGAUGGGAGAGGGUGGAUAGACAUAGCAAGGGGGACCAGUGGAAUCACCAGAGAGGAGGAAGAGACGGUAGGAAGGAUCUGAACCAGAGGAACAAUCUUAAAAGUGGCUCCCCCAGGAGAUACAACAAUGAACAUCCUGCAAACAGAUACCAAGAUGGAGGAGAAGACACAAGGGCUUCAGGAAAAACAAAGAAUGGUCCUUACAAUGGUCCAUCUAAGGCACAGUCCCCUUCUCGUUCAGUAAGAACACCACCUAGAGAUAGAGGAGGAAUGAGAAGAGACGGACCCCAACAUGAUGAUGAGGGCUGGAUCUCAUCACCGAAGAGAGGGAAGAGAUCUGGAGGAUCCCCUUCCCCUUCACCGAAUCGUGCCUAUCAGAACAAGAGAAAUCCAAAGUCUCCUCAAAGAGGGCAGCAGAACCAGGGAAAACAUGCUGCUCCUAAAAGUCAACAUAACAAGCCAUCCGAUGCAGCAAUCAGAUUUCUGGAGAGUGAUGAAAGUCAGUCCCAAGAUCCAAUGAAAAGAUUAAUAAGUCAUAUUGGAACGGCGAGUCAAACACUAGCAUCAAGUAUUGGGAAAAAGAGAUCAUUGGGCAAGACAGAUCAGAACAGUAAAGCGUUGGAGAAUGGUGAGCGACAGAAGCACGUAGCAUCACCUGUGAGCAGCAGACCAUCUCAGCCUCAGUCAGGGAUGCCAACGAGGCAAGAUCUUAUACAAGAAGUGACCAUUGGCAAGACAAUGGCAUCAGACACUGAAAGUCUAUUGCUAAACACACAGCUUUCAAGUAGUGAUGAUCAGAAAGGAAGUUCCUCUGCGAGUGCUGCUUCUCUGCAGGAGGAGGAUCCAGCUUUGGACGGUGAUGAGAAAACAUACGGGAUGUUACUUGCAGAGAAUCUGAAAGGGGAUAUUGAUAGGUCUUUGGACAUGCCAGGGAAAAUUGAUCUGAGUGUUGAUGCUACGACCAGGAGCGAAGAAGACGUAUCUCUGCACAGUCACUCCGAUUAUGGCAGGAACAUCAACUUGACUGGAAGAGAUUCUCCGCAGUGUGAUGUUCGAAAGACUGCCUCUGACAAUCCCAUCAAAGAAAUGAAUGCAGAGCAGAGUCCGCCACUAAAAGGACAUUUUAUGACAAACUGUACGGAAGUGCAGAAUUCUGAAGGCAUGCAGGAGAAGCCCAAGUCAGAGGGUGUUGGAAGAAUAGAGGCAGAGGUUCACAGUCACACAUCCUAUCAGGGUAAAGAAAGGGACUGUAGCACUGUAGAAGGUCCACCUCUGAUUUCUCCUGUAGAAAUUGAGGACCGAUUUGAGUGUGCACCGAAAACUAAAUGUGGAGCAAUAUCUCCUCUGAAGAAUGAGGAAGAAACUAUAAGUCCUUCCCAGUGUCAAUCCAGAGAGUCUUCCCGUGCCUCAACACCAUCCCUCCGAAGAACGACGAGAAGGUUGAGCGGAGGUCAAUCAACGAGGCGCCUUGCAGCAGUCUUUACCUCACCAACAUCCCCUGACCCACCGGGUCCCGUAAACGCAGAUUGGUCAAAGUAUGAUCCAUCGAGAAGCAUUCCAAAGCCAAUGUCCCCUGACCCACCAGGUUCUGUAAAAACAGAUUGGUCAAAGUAUGAUCCAUCGAGAAGCAUGCCAAAGCCAACAUCCCCUGACCCACCGGGUUCUGUAAACACAGAUUGGGCAAAGUAUGAUCCAUCGAGAAGCAUUCCAAAGCCAACAUUCCCCAUUAUCAAACAAGAAACAGCAGCUGUGAGAGUCAAUCUAUGUGACAAAAGUACUGAAAUCAAUGGCCAGGACUUUGCAUUCCUCCAGAGAAUCAUCAGUGGAACCAUGGAGCCCGAGGAUCUUCCUACAGGAUAUGUCUGCAGAUCUGCAGUAGCGCGAUUACUGAGCAGGGCAGACAAGAGUGGUGGAAAUGAGACGGGUGGGGAAGAGGAUCAAGAUAGAUCCUCGCCUAUUCCUUUGUCAGUGAAACUUCACAAAAGCUGCAUGACCGAAGAGAUCGUAGAGGAGACCAACCUCGAGGAUGAGAAAGUAUCAAGGAUGCAAGGUUGCUUUCCGGCCUCUUCUGCCAAAGAUUUGCAGAGUCUGUUAGAGACUUGUAAUGGAGAUGUUGAGAUGGCAACAAACUUAUUACUUGAUUCGUUAGCUCUAGGAGCAGCAAGUUCUCCUGAGGACAGGAGCACACCAAAAGAUGAAGUUCCAACAAAGGCAACAAAGACCUCACAUGGAGCAUCUGCCAAUCUUGUUUCUGGAAACAAGGUUGUAGUAGCCGAAGAACUUGCAGCUGGAAAUGAUCAUGGAAUCAGUUUUCCCAACGACCAAACUGGAAAAGAAGAAAUGCAGAGCAGGAAUGAUGCUCUUAGAGUUGACUCUCCUGACAAUCUGCCAACGUCUCAGGGAUUGGAUAAUGAUACUGUUCCAUCUGAUAUGUCAGCUUCCAGGCAUGAUGCUUUGAAACAAUUAGCUAGCGAUAGUCAGAGGUUUGCCAGUGAAUUAAAGCAAGCAAACCAGAUCUUCUUCAGCAAUGACCUCAAAACGCAUACAGAACAAACACCAGAGAGGGCACAACCUAGACCAUGUGAUGCAAGCUCAAAGACAAAUGACACUGACAAAAGAACAGUGACCGUUGAAAUGAAUGACACUACAAAGUCAGAUGUACAGAGUAGCAAGGACAGUGAAUUACACAAACAGGAAGGUGAGAGUGAGCAACAGGAACAGGAACAGGACACUGACAGUGAAGACUUAGAGUUUUCAAACAAUUUUUAUUCCGGAGCGAGUAAAUUAUUAAAACCAAAGACUGCUGACACUAGUGAUGAUGAAUUACCACCCCUAGAAUCAUUUAGGGAGGAUCGCCAAAUGCUACAGUUAGCUGCUGCUUGCCACAAUCGGGAUAAUGUGGUACGUGGUCAUUCCCCGAUCAAAGAAAAUCCGCUUGUUCCAUUGCAUCAACCAUCAGAAAUUCUGCCAGUGACCUUAGAUAAACCAGCACCAGAGCAAGUCAGAGAAGAAACUAUUAACCCUGCUCUGCAGACUGAAGACUGUGUAACUCCACAAACAAAACCGGAUCUUCCUGCAACAUCAGGUGCAAAAGUAGAAGGGGUACAUGCAACUCUUUGCAGCGAUCAAUUGACACCUCAGCCUGAACCUGAGAGUCAAAGGGUGGACGAAGACGACUCCAAAGACUUGAAAGACCUUCUAGAAUUGGGGAAAGAGGAUAGCCAAACCGGAACUUUGUUGUCAACCUUGUUGUCUGGUCCCAACAGCACCAUGAGCGAUCCACGUGAUAAUGAAAGAAUGGCUGGUGGUGUGUCCUAUGGUCAAGAUCCUAAGACAAACGACCAGGAGAGCGGAAAAUCUAGUCCAAAGCUGCAGCGAGGGAUGGAACGACCCGAAGGUGACAUUGGGGACAACUCUGUGAGAUUUGGGGCAAGUUUAGAGGAACCGUCCAUGGAUGAGCUGAGUGAUUCGGACAUACCCUGGAAAUCUGGGUUUGAUGUCAUCGAGCCUGGAGCGGAUAGGGAGGCUGCAGUAGGUGAUCCUUUGGACAAGUUCACAGACAGUGGUGAAGGAGUUUAUGACUACCUUGGAGGAAUGGAGCUUCAGAUGGAUGCUGCAUUCGCUCUCCAGCUACAGGAGCUCUUUGGCCAAGUAGGAUUCCAUCUUGAUCCUGAUAUGUUGUCUGCGGACGCCCUGAAGGUGAAGAUAGGUUACCAGGUAGCGAAGCAGCUGCACUCGGCCUGGUCCACCGGUCUGGCAGAAAGGUUUCAGGACCAGGAGAGACAGGUCGAAGAAAUGCUUCAGAGAGAUGAAGAGCUCGCCCGGAGGCUCCAGCAGGAGGAGAACCUCAAGAAGCUAGCCAAGUCGCACCGGGACAAGAAACCCACCACCAAGGGAAUCUCCUCACCGGGGGGAUCCCCCAAAUGGAACAAGAGGCGACAGAAGGAGCCGGAGGUGGCCAACGGGGGGCAGGAAGGGAUGAGAGGGGAGCAGCUCCUGGUAGGAGGGGGGCUGAGGAAUCUUGGGGGGCUGGGUGCGGUAGGAGGGGCGGGGUCGCCAGGGAAGUACCCACCUCCUGUGCAGAGGGUGGAAGUUCCGGAGCUGGCGCAGAUCAUGGCUGAGGAGGAGCUGAGGCAAGAAAGGGAAAAGAAAGGGAUGUGGAGCAGUCCUAGUCCAGUGAGAGCCAAUACCAUAGCAACCAAACUAAAGCGUGAUCAGCUGUUUGAGGCUUUCCCUGAUGUAGAUAGGAAUGCACUGGACGAGAUCUUCAAAGCCAAUAACUAUGAGUUUCAGUCUACCGUGUGGGAGGUGAAUGCUGUAUUCCGAGAGCCCGCCGGUCCCGUCAAGGAGGUCUUCAGCCCAGAAGCACUGGUGGAGAUGGAGAAGAGAAGAGACAGCUCUCCUGCAAGGAGAAAGGCGAAGGGUCAGUCGGACAGUACGGACGGUCAGUUCCAGUCCACCGAGCAGCCUGAUUACGAAGACUACAGAGCAGAAGCAACGUUGCACUUCAAGCAGAGAGACGAAUGCUUCAAGAAAGCAGCCAAGGCGUAUCACGCUGGACAGAAAGAACUCGCCGUGCAUUACUCCAAUCAGGGACGUUUACAUUCCAUGAGACUGAAGGAAGCUAAUAGGAGAGCAGCUGAAUUGAUUCUGGUUCAAAGGAGACAUGUAACUGGUGAGAACAAGCUUGAUCUCCACAACCUUCACGUGGAGGAAGCCCUGCAGGCUCUACAGGAGGUCCUGAUUGAGAGGCAAAUGCACCCCUCACCCGGACAACACAGGUACCUGGAGGUGGUGACGGGGCGGGGCAAGCACAGCAAAAUGGGCGUGGCCAAGCUCAAACCAGCUGUGUGCAAGUUCUUGGAGCAGAAAGGUUACAGGUUCACCACACCCAAUGCCGGCUGCCUCAAAGUGUAUCUCUCGCCGUGAGCAGUGCCAUGAUCCUUGGCUACCCGACCACUACACCAAACGUGUCAGGUUUAGGUCAAGGAAAUCAUAAGAAUUGCUAGGAUACUACAAUGGGGUCACAAUAUGCAUGACUGCCUUGUACACUAGGAGUAGGAGAUGUGUGAGAACUGUAUCAGGACCCUGUUUCAUUAAACUUGAUAUCAAUAACAAGUUACAAGCUACUGUUAUAGGCUACUGAAAUCAAGGCAUCUGAUUGGCUGAGAGCAAAUUUGUCAUAGAAAUUUAGCAUUUGUUAAAGAUAAAAAGUUUUAUGAAACGGGCCCCAUAUGUUGUAAAAAAAGUACAAGCUUGAGCAUGUGAUCUUUAUCUUCGGGUUACGAGUCAAAAGUUUCUUCACUACAAUUAAAACUUCUUCCAGGAAGCCUUACAUUCAAAACUGAAAUAAAUGCUGCAGCUCCAAGUUGCGUCCUGCUGCUUAAAAGCCUCACUGCACUACUUAUAGCUACUUGCGCCCUCUAUAUAGCAAACAAUGCCUAAUCGGUGACCAUUGGUCUCCCAUGAUCCUCUUUUUCUUAUGUUAAGUGAGAGCUGAUUUGAUGAGAUAACCACCUGUCAGUGACUUUGCAGGGUAGUCUAAUCCCUCAUGUAAACUAGUACAGAUGGGCUUUAAGUUGUCAUAAACUGUUUCCCUGUUAUCAUGUCAGUAGCACGUCUCAUUAACCUAUAAAUAGUCGGUCUCAAGAGAUGGAGUUGCAGUCGAGUUGCCAAUUGGGCUGGUGGUUCACCAUAGGUUUCAUGUUUAAGUCAGUGAAUAAAACUUGCAAGGAUACUACAAUGAGGUUACUAUAUGAUCUUCAUGUAUUGUAAGAGAUGAGUGAGAACUGAAGUAGAUGUACCUCUCUUAAUAGUCGGUCGUCUGCUCCUGCACGGUCUCGCAAUUAAUUCGUCCUGUGUCCGACCAAAGGGCAUAAACCCAAAGCAUUGUCAUUUUUUCUGUCAGGUAAAGGUUGAUGCUGAAGUAAUAAGCUACCGCUGUUAAUUCCAAGGUAUUUGGUCUAUUUAUGUCACGCAUUUUUACCAAGUAUCAUUGAAUUUAGAACAAAAUGAAUAUAAAUCUAGUGUUGAAAUAAAUCUUUUGUCUGAUCCAUCAGAUAGUAAAGCGAUGGAAUUAGUAAAAACUUAAAAGGAUACUAAAAUCUUUAGAGAUCUUUGUAGAGGUGUCAAAGGUCGUGGGUUUGAUUGCUGGCACAACACUUACGUCCUUGAUCAAGGCAUUUUAUCUACAUUGCUCCUCUCCACCCAGGUGCUGAAUGGGUACCCGGUAGGAUGCAAACUUCAAUGUGGGUAGAUUAGCAUACAUGUGCGUGCCUGUAAAAGGGCAACUGGCUGGAAUGCUCUAGAAACUAAUGGGAAGCAAACUUUGUUUAAUGCUUGCAGUGUUACCACAUGUUAUAAUGAUAGGUGUUGUUGACUUCUUGUUCACUUAACUAUCAUUGAGUCUGCGAUCACCCAUUUUUAGCUGGAUGACCAGAUUCAUGCAUUUCAAGAUUUCAAAAAUAAUUUCAAAACUAUUAAUUCUCUUUGUAGGCUGCCAGAUAAACAAAAGUUGUCAUUUAUUUGCUAGGAAAUUAUGAAAAGAAAUUGCUGACAAUUUGUUAAUGUAGGGAAAAAAUACAAGAUUUGAGAACGACAAAUUAAAGGUUUAGUGAGGGGUUAUCUUACUCACCCUUCUAGCAUUGCAUGUAGAUACAAAUUUAAAAAAAUAAAUAGAUCUUCACUGUAAUGUGGAGUAAAUAAUGAUAACAGUCCCAUGCUGUAUUUUUAAUGUUAGUUGUUCAGUAAAAGAUCUGUGAAUGUUCCUGCAGCUUAAAUGACAAAAUAGAAAGUAAACCAUCAAAAUACACCUGCACUAAAUGCCCAAGCAGCCCUAAAAUUGCAUAAUUUUUGUACAAAAUCUAAUGUUGGCUUUAUGAGAUGAGAUUUGUUGUUGCUUUUUGUUCAUAGUCUUCGUCUUGUUUUCUGAAGCAUGCUGCGAUAUACAUAAAGUCUGACAUUGUACAAUUGACAAGAAAUUACCUAGAUUCUGAGAUGGUCCAAGACAUGUUAUGUAUGAUAUGACACGUUAAUAGUACACACAAGUUUGCAAAGUUAGUCUAAUUAAUUUCAUGCAUUCUUCAUGUUUUCUACUUUGUUGACUGACUAUCUGCUUUUAUCAUUGUAUAUAUUUCAACAAUCUUUUUUUGUAGCCAUUUUACUCAAAUUAUGAGCUAGAAAGAUCUAUGCUAAUUGUUGCAAAGCUCAAUACAUGUACAGUAUAGUUAUUGGUAUACAUCUAAAAUCUAAACAUGUGUUUGUUUUUUUAUCUGUCAGAAAUUACUUUUUCUUUGGAGAGUGAUCUUUUUUCCACUCAAUAUUAUACAAGGGUUGUUUUUUCCCCAGAAUUUGUACAGGAUGCCUAUAUUAAAAGGAGCCUCACUCACUAAGGAAAUUAACAAUCUUCCUGGGGAAUACCCAUUCCUAUUUGUUUACAUUUAAAGGAUAUAGGAUUUUUAUUUACUUUAGACAUGUAUGCGAUGUGCAAUGUGUAAAUAAUAUAAACUUCCCAUGACUUUGUUGAAUGAAAGGUCAUCAUUUUUAUGUUGCAUACUUCGAAAACUCAUUUCUACAUUGUACAUAUUUGGAAGAAAAUGUGAGGUAUUUAGUGAUGUAUCUUGCUCCAUAAAAAAAGAGAAUGUAUAAAAAUAAUGGAAGAACAAUAUUGUAAUCAUUGGAAAAGUGUUUGUUCCAUCAUAGAUUAUAUUUUUAUGAAAAAGUUCUUAUUUUAUAUCUUUCAUCCGAUAUUCCGGACUUGAAUUUUAUGCUCUAUGCAUGCAUUUUUCUUUAUCACUUUUCCAUGUUUUGGGGUGAUGUCCAAUCUCUGAAUUUUUGAUAUUUCAUAAUAAUCAUGUAUGCUUAUUUUGAAUAUAGUUCAUCAUUUCAUAUCGCGUAUAUAUAUUUUCAUUUUCAUACCUGUAAAGUUGGAGUGGAAAUAAAUUCUCAUUUCAACUUUGCCAA